AUGGAUAUAGCCUCUGGUAUGUACGAUCCCAGGCCGGCUUUGCGAUCCUUAAACUUUGGUUUUACCCGUCUUUUUCUCAUGACUAUGUACGCAUAUGACUUUAUAGCCUUCCAAUCGUUUUUGGUUGUUCAACGAUCUUUAGUUUUUUAUUCAUUUUCGGCGCUUAACAAGAAUGCGCCACAACCACAGAGAGCCACUUUGGAUUUUGAACAGAAUCUUUCCGAUACUGUCUCAUCUGUCAUGACCUCCACCCAGAUUCUCAACCUUCUUACAACCCAUGGCUGCGUCGAUAUCACCCCAUCGAUUGAUUUAUCUUUGUGCUCCAAUCAUCCAGUCGCUGCUGGCGGCUUGGGUGAUAUAUUCGUUGGUCGACUUCGUACUGGAACACGCGUUGCCAUCAAAGUGUUUCGGUCUUAUGACGUAUCAAACGAGCUAGCUGGAAAGUACCACAAGGCAGCCGCACGGGAGAUUCAUACAUGGUCGAAAUGCCAGCAUCCCAAUGUCGUUGAGUUGAUCGGCCUGACAGUAUUCCGCGAAUGUUUGGCGAUGGUGUCUGAGUGGGAAGACAACGGAAACAUGCCACACUACCUGUCACGCAACCCAACGGUCAAUAGGUGCCAGCUAGUGAGUCGAGUUGGUGUUACGUGUCUCUAUCCAUCAGGCGUCCUCACGCCGGACUCCCAGAGCAAGUCUAUCUGCGCAGGAGUCUUAUACCUACACAACAUGGACAUCGUACAUGGGGACCUGAAAGGAGCGAACGUUCUUAUCGACCGCAACGGAGCUCCAAGACUGACCGACUUUGGCUGUGCCAGCUUUCUGAGUGCUACACUGCACUUCACGCAAACUAACACCGGUCCGAGCUACUCGGUUAGAUGGACAGCCCCGGAGAUACUACGAGGGAAGACUGGUCAUACAAAGGAAGGAGACAUAUAUGCGCUUGGAAUGACUAUUCUGGAAGCAUUCACGACGGAGGUUCCGUUCUCUGGCCGGUCUGAGAUCUCGCUCUACCGGCAUAUUUUAGAUAGAAAAAAGACGCCCUCACGGCCCGGGAGCAUCAUACCUGAGAGGAGCAUACUUGGGAACGUACUGUGGGCGAUACUUAUGAGCUGCUGGUCGUACAAUCCUGCGGGUCGUCCGACAGCUCAGGAUGUUCAUACACUGGCGAGUCAAGUCUUUGCUCUACUUCGGGAGAUGUUACCCCUGAGUCCUGAAUCACUACAGGUAAUCGCAGAGGAGCCUGAAGAUGAUGAUCAUGACGAUUGA